GGAAGACGGAAGUUUCCCUCCCCGCCAGGAGGAAAGCGGGCAAGAUGGCGUCGAGUGACGGCAAGCUCGGGAGUUUAUUCGACCACCACGUCCAGAGGGCCGUGUGCGACACGCGGGCCAAAUAUCGGGAGGGCCGACGGCCUCGCGCUGUCAGGGUAUAUACAAUCAAUUUGGAAUCUCGUUAUUUAAUAAUACAAGGAGUUCCUGCAGUGGGAGCAAUGAAGGAAUUAGUUGAGCGUUUUGCUCUAUAUGGUACCAUUGAAGAAUAUAAUGCUCUUGAUGAAUACCCAGCGGAAGACUUCACAGAAGUUUAUCUUAUUAAGUUUAUGAAUUUGCAAAGAGCAAGGGUAGCCAAGAAAAAAAUGGAUGAACAAAGUUUCUUUGGUGGACUGCUUCAUGUGUGCUAUGCUCCAGAAUUUGAGACAGUUGAAGAAACUAGAAAGAAAUUAGAAGAAAGGCAGGCUUAUAUAGCAAGAACUACUAAAACUAAAGACUAUUACAAGUCAAAGAAAAAAAUGGUUCCAGAAUAUAAAAACAGAGAUUUCAGACCAGACUUCUACUCAGAUAGAUCUGGAUUUUGUGCAGCUUCUUUGAAGACUUCUGGGAACUCAAGUCCUUGUCUUCCUUAUUCUUGUGAAUUGCCUUUAUGUUAUUUUGCCUCAAGAUGUACCUGUUCAUCUGGGGAGCACAUGAACAGACUGUCACACUCCUACGAGGAUGGUAGUAGCCAUAAUGAAACCGGGAAGCAUUGUAACCAUACUAACUCUUCACAGAAAAUGCCAUUAAACAAUUUCAAGAAUUCAGUACCUUGCUUGAAUGCACAGAAAGCCCUUAUUUCAUCAGAGGCAGUUGACAGAUUCAUGCCUAGAACAACACAACUACAGGAACGGAAAAGAAGAAGAGACGAUGACCGUAAACUUGGAACUUUUCUUGAAACAAGCACAAGUACUAAUGAGGUUAUGAUUGGACCUAAGUUACCAGACAUACCUAAGGUGGAUUUGCAGGAUGACUCCUUGAAUACAACAGCAAACUUAAUUCGGAAUAAACUUAAAGAGGUAAUUUCAUCUGUACCAAAGCCUCCAGAUGACAAGUUGGAAAAUUUAUGUCCAAGUCGUCCAUUAAAACAAAGAAGAAGAAUAUAGAUUGCCAGUAACAAAACUCUGAAAGAACCCAAACAAUAACCAGGAGAACUCAGAAAAUACCAGAAGAGCAAAACACAGGAAAUGAACAUCUGGGACAAAUUAGAGCUUAGUGUUAGACAAAAUUGUGAACUGGGAGAUCAUAGUCUUUGGAAUUCCCAAGGAGUGAGCGCCAUUUAUAGCACACUUCUCUUUGACCUUACAUUAUCUUCAUCUUUCUUUCUCUCCUCAAUCAUCUGUACCAACUCCCACCCUUGUGAGUUUCAACAUCAGUUGCUAAUGUGCGUUAACCUUGUGCUACUUCUUCGGUGGAGAGACAAAGCAUGGCACCUAGGCAACACACCCAGCUGCAAAUCAAGCCCUAUUUUAUGCUGAGCCCAGAGGCAGCCUUAGAAACUUCGAAACUCUUGCCAUCUGAUCAGAGUUGAUACAAGCCUGACCCUUAACUGCUGUUAGUCUGGAUCAUAAUUCAAAGGCUCAUCUUAAUGACAGGCCAGUCUGAUGACAUUUGAGUAUUACAGAAAAAAACUGAAGGCAAUGAUUUGGGGCCCUGGGGCUGGAGACAUUUUCAUCACCUUAUAAAUUAAGCCACCUUUUCUUUUUCUUUUCUCCUCUUUUCCUUUCUUCUUUCCUUCCUUCCUUCCUUCCUUUCCUUCCUUCCUUCCUUUCCUUCCUUUCUUCCUUCCUUCCUUUCCUUCCUU